AUGGGCUCCGAGGUGGCCCAGCUGCUGGAGGCUGCUGACUUCGCGGCCCGCAAGCACCAACGGCAGCGGCGGAAGGACCCCGAAGGGACCCCCUACAUCAACCACCCUAUCGGUGUGGCUCGGAUCCUGACCCACGAGGCGGGGAUCACUGACAUUGUGGUGUUACAGGCAGCCCUGCUCCAUGACACAGUGGAGGACACAGACACCACCCUGGAUGAGGUGGAGCUGCACUUUGGAGACCAAGUGCGGCGCCUGGUGGAGGAGGUGACAGAUGACAAGACUCUGCCCAAGCUGGAGAGAAAGCGGCUGCAGGUGGAGCAGGCACCCCAGAGCAGCCCCGGAGCUAAACUGGUGAAGCUGGCAGAUAAGCUGUACAAUCUGAGGGACCUGAAUCGCUGCACCCCAGAGGGAUGGUCUGAACACCGAGUCCAGGAAUACUUCGAGUGGGCGGCACAGGUGGUGAAGGGGCUCCAGGGAACAAACCGGAAGCUGGAAGAGGCCCUAAGGCAGCUGUUUAAGGAGCGGGGGCUGACACUCUGA